GCCAUCUACAAGAAACUUAAAAAUCAACUCCUCGCAACGGAAAAGCGUCUCGCCACCCUGCAUCACUCAAUGCGGGCAGAGGCUCAGUCUGGUGGGCCGAUGGAUGUCAAGUUACAGCAGCAAGUUCAUCAGGUGGGCUUGUCCAUAAAGCGAGCCUUUCUGACCUUUAUGGCCCAACUCCUCUAUGAUUAUCGAAGAAACGUGCUCCCAGUUGGCUCCGCCGAGGGUGUCCUCUUCGACUCAGAGGCGCCACACCUUAUAUUUAUUCACAAAAUAGGCACAUCUACCCCACCAGCCAUGCUGCAGUCUCUCUCAGUAAUGCAUCUUUUUUACCAAGGGGCUUAA